AUGGUGGACACGAGGGUUCAUCCACAUCAUCAUCUGGACCUCCCCAGGCAUCUCCUCAUGGUGCUUGUUCCACUGGUGGAGGUCAAGGCACAGCCAGCGCAGCUGGUUUGCCUUCGACCACCACCACAGCCUCCGCCACGCUCAUGCUGCUCAUCUACCUCCACCACAUCAGGACUGCUCCCUACUGCUUCACUUGCUACUCUUGGAGCCAUUGGAGGGGGAAGCAGUAGUGGUGCCAGUGGCGGUGGUUUGGCAAGCAGUAUUGGAGGCAUUAUGGGUGCGCCAACAGAUAGUGAAAGCGAGGAGGGAGAAAUGGGGCGGUUAGAGGCACUGCUGGCGUCGCGUGGACUUCCUCCUAGUCUCUUUGGGGCAUUGGGGCCACGCAUGCAGCACAUUCUACACCGUUCAGUUUCGUCCUCUAUUAGUUCCAAAGCUCAGCAGCUUUUGAUUGGGCUACAAGCUACAGGAGAUGAAAGUGAGCAACUGCAGGCAGUUAUUGAAAUGUGUCAGCUCCUUGUAAUGGGUAAUGAAGAUACGCUUGCUGGUUUCCCCAUCAAACAAGUCACUCCUGCCCUUAUCAACUUACUGAACAUGGAGCACAAUUUUGACAUGAUGAAUCAUGCCUGCCGAGCACUAACUUACAUGAUGGAAGCCUUACCUCGGUCAUCUGCAGUCGUAGUGGAUGCAGUACCUGUCUUUUUAGAGAAGUUACAGGUCAUUCAGUGUAUGGAUGUAGCUGAACAGUCUUUGACAGCUCUAGACAUGUUAUCUCGAAAACAUUCGAAGGCCAUAUUACAGGCUCAUGGAGUGUCUGCGUGCUUAAUGUAUAUAGACUUCUUUUCUACUGGAGCACAGCGGGCAGCACUUAGCAUAACCGCAAAUUGUUGUCAGAACCUCACUGCUGAUGAAUUCCAUUUUAUUGCUGAUUCCUUGACAUUGUUAUCCUCUAGGCUGACUUCACAGGGUGACAAAAAAUGCGUAGAAAGCGUGUGUUUAGCCUAUAGCAGGUUGGUUGAUUGUUUCCAGAAUGAUCCCAAUCGUUUACAAGAGAUAGCUGGUCACGGUUUAUUAUCAAACAUACAACAAUUGCUGGUCAUGUCCCCUCCUGUAUUGAGUAGUGGAACGUUCAUCAUGGUGAUUCGAAUGCUUUCACUGAUGUGUAACAACUGUCCAGAAUUGGCUGUCCAUUUGCUAAAAAACAAUAUAGCCCAUACACUUUGUUACCUCCUUACAAAUUCAACAGACCCACCAGGAGAACAAAUUGAGCUGGUUUCUCGUACCCCUCAAGAACUUUAUGAAAUCACUUGUCUGAUUGGAGAACUUAUGCCUAUGCUUCCAUCUGACGGUAUUUUUGCAAUUGACGUGGCCUUGAUAAGACCUGCAGGGUCUGCCCAAGAUAUGGUUAUGUGGCAGUGGCAAGAUGAUAGAGCUUCCUGGCAGAACUACUCUACUAGUGAUUCUAGAAUCAUUGAGCUUUCUCAUCAGUCAGGGGAAGAUGAAAUUAGCCUUUGUAUUCAGGGCCGUGCCUACACUAUUGACUUCCACUCCAUGCAGCAAAUCAACGAUAACUCGGGGACUAUGAGGUCUGUUCAAAGACGGAUGAUGCCGGUUGGGAUGUCGGGAACUCCUACAGUGGCUACACAGGCCACUGAUGCUCGUGCGAAGUGCCUGCAAGAAGAUUCAGAAUUGGCUUCCAAUCUGAUUCGUUCAUUGUUUAGCUUGCUAUAUGAGGUAUAUAGUUCAUCGGCUGGUCCUGCAGUACGGUACAAAUGUUUACGGGCAUUGUUGAGGAUGGUUCAGUUUUCCAGUCCAGAGCUAUUGCAACAAGUCCUUAAAAGCCAGAGUGUCUCUUCACACCUGGCUACUAUGUUGUCAUCACACGACCUAAAGAUCAUAGUAGGAGCAAUACAAAUGACAGAAAUCCUGAUGCAGAAGUUGCCUGAAAUAUUUGCCAUUUAUUUCCGCCGUGAGGGGGUGAUGCACCAAAUCAAACGGUUGUGUGACCCAGAUGCAACAUUAGGAACGCCAUCUGCAAAGUGGAGCAGUCCUGAACUCUCUGUUGGGCCUGGACGUGGCAGUACUCAAAGUUCUGCCAGUCCAUUACUAACUGGAAGGCCAUUUAAUGGGAAUUGUCUGGAUUCUACUCCUUCUCUUCCAGCACCACCUACACAGGAUGAUGAGAAACUUCAAAGCCCAUCACAAUUACGACUUGCAGACGUACUCAAACGAAAGCGCACGGCACGAAUACGUUCUGGUACGUGGAGAAAAAGUAGACAAGAAGAAUCCUCAUCGUCAUCAUCAUUUAGCGAGUUUUUUAUGAAAAAUGCAGGCCUAAGCGGAGGCAAGGACAGCUGGAGAGGCAUGGGUAGUCGGACCAAGAUUGUUAGUGGGAACAAUUCCACGAACUCGAGUGGAGGGGGCAGUGGCAAGGUCUCCUUUCUGGCCACCUUAAACCCUUCACGCUGGGGAAGGUGCAAUUCUACCUCAUCUACUCCCUCACAUGAGCCCCACACGGGAAAGGAUAAGUUGUUGGGAAAUAACUCCAGUAAUAGUACUAAUAGCAGUAACAAGGAAGUGGUUAGAGUGUGGGUGAGAGAGCAGGCACAGAGACUCAAUCAACAAUACUUCACAACAGACCUACAAGGGGUAACCCACCCAGCCCUAAGUGUUCUAAACAGACUUAUAGCUGCAAUUCAGCAGCUAGAGCAAGAGCCCAAUAAUGCUGUGGAGGCACUGAGGGAAAUCAGUAGAAUAGUCAUGGAGAGUGAUAUCAGCCCCUUUGAAGUCAUUCAUUCUGGGUUGGUUCGUUGCCUCCUAACCUACCUCACUGCCUCGGACAACUCAACGUUGUCCUUAACCCAUGAUGGACUGCUCUUGGCAGCUAUAGGGGGAAUAAAUAACUCCACAGAGAAUGGGAGCCUCACCUCUGUUAGUAUAAGUACACCUCGAGAAAACAGACUCAGGAAUUUCCUUCAUGUCUUCCUUGGAUGUCCUUUGAAUCCAUUAAGUUUGGGAAGUGUGGACACCAGUCACAUUGCGUUGUUUAGUGCUCUUGUGACGAAGUUGAAUGGAUGUGUUAAUCAGCUAGAACAAUUUCCAGUGAAGGUCCACGAUUUACCUGGCACUGCUCUCUCUGGUUUAGGCCGAGGGGGCUCAACAUCUGCCAUCAAGUUCUUUAAUACCCAUCAGCUGAAGUGUAAUUUACAGAGGCAUCCAGAUUGCACCAGGCUUAGACAAUGGCGGGGAGGCCCAGUUAAGGUUGACCCUCUUGCUUUGGUUCAAGCCAUUGAACGUUAUCUCGUCAUUAGGGGUUAUGGUCGACUCAGGGAUGAAGAUGACGACAACUCUGAUGAUGAUAACUCGGAUGAAGAUAUAGAUGAUACACUGGCUGCUGUCUCUGUCAACCAGAGUUCCUCAAGUCACAAGCUGCAGUUUGUCAUGGGUGACCAUGUUUUGCCAUACAACAUGACAGUUUACCAAGCGAUCAGACAAUUCUCCUCACCAUCAGAUGCAAGUGCAUCAGAAGCUGACACAGACACUGAAACACCCAUCUCUCAUUCAGCAAUCUGGCUUCAAACUCAUACCAUAUACUAUAGGCCUGUACAAGAAGAGGAGCAAACCCGCAGCUCUAGUGGAAGAAAGGGGAAGGCUGGGGGUUCAAAACCAAGUCCUAAAAAGAAAGCAGACACUUUAGUUGGAGAUGGUAGUAUUGUAGGAGGGAACAAUAGUGUUCUGGACCAGUACCUGACUGCUAACCUGCCUGCCAGUGUAACUGUGAGUGACCCUAGUUUGGAGGUUCUAGCUCUUUUGCGAGUCUUGCACGCACUGAACAGGCAUUACGGAUCUCUCUAUCCUCCGGCUGCAUACCCGUCCCCUCUGCCUAUUACAGAGUUCACAAAUUUGAAGCUAACUGCCAAAGCCAAUAGGCAGUUGCAAGAUCCACUGGUCAUUAUGACAGGAAACUUGCCACCGUGGUUGCCUCAAAUUGCCUACGUUUGUCCGUUCCUCUUCCCAUUUGAAACUCGCCAGUUGCUCUUCUAUGCAGUCUCUUUUGACCGGGAUCGAGCUUUACAACGACUAAUGGAUUCCUCGCCCGAGCUUAACUCCGUCGACAGUAGUGAACGGGUCACCCCAAGAUUAGAAAGACGUAAAAGAACAGUUUCUCGUGAUGACAUUUUGAAGCAGGCCGAGGCUGUGAUUAGUGAUUUAGCUUCUUCGCGAGCCAUGCUAGAAAUUCAGUACGAGAAUGAAGUGGGAACUGGUCUAGGUCCUACUUUAGAAUUUUAUGCUCUAGUGUCAAGAGAACUUCAAAAGGCAGACCUUGAGUUGUGGCGUGGUGAAACAGUGACUGUAGAGGAAAGAACUGAAGACAAUCCUGGGAAAUCGGUGAAAUAUGUCAAUGCCAGCAAUGGCUUAUACCCAUUGCCUGUGCCUCGAAAUAUGAAAAGUGCACAUAUGACCAAACUUAGAAACAAAUUCAGGUUUUUGGGGAAAUUCAUGGCAAAAGCUGUCAUGGAUUCAAGAAUGCUUGACCUUGGUUUGCACCCGUGUGUGUACAAAUGGCUGUUAAAUGAGGAGUGGUCAUUAGGUCUUGGAGAUGUGGCCUCUCUGGAUCCAGCUGUAGGCCAAACUUUAGACCGUUUGCACUCUACUGUCUUGCAUAAAAGACGUGUUAUUGCGCAAGCAGAACAGGAAGGAAUCUCAGGAUCUGAGCUUCAGGCUCGUUUGGAUGCUCUUACUGUGGAUGGUGUUAGUGUGGAGGAUUUGGCAUUAACGUUCACCUUGCCUGGCUAUCCUAAUAUUGAGUUCAGGAAAGGUGGUUCCGAUAUAGCAGUUACUAUAAAUAAUCUUGAUCAAUAUGUACAGUUGGUAAUAGAGUGGCUUGUCCGUGAAGGGGUUAGGAGGCAAAUGGAAGCCCUCCGUGAGGGCUUUGAAUGUGUGUUCCCUUUAACUCAGCUCCAUGUGUUCUACCCGGAAGAACUGGAACAGUUGUUCUGUGGAUCAUCAGAUUCUUCACAGUGGGACAUGAAGCAGCUUGCCGAGUGUUGUCGACCUGAUCACGGAUACACACACAAUUCAAAAGCUGUGCAAUUUUUACUGCAGAUCCUCUCAGAAUACAAUCCUGCUCAACAGAGGUCAUUCUUGCAGUUUGUCACGGGUUCUCCAAGGCUACCUGUUGGAGGUUUCAGGAGUCUUACACCAGCUCUUACAAUUGUCAGAAAAACAUGUGAAGCUGGAGAAAACCCUGAUGACUUCCUCCCAUCUGUGAUGACUUGCGUGAAUUACCUAAAGUUACCUGACUAUUCUAGUAUCGAGAUUAUGCGUGCCAAAAUGGGAAUUGCUGCCAGAGAAGGACAGCAUAGCUUCCACCUUUCCUAAAAUAAAAGGGGGAUAAAAUUAUGCUCAACCCACCAGUUUUUUGGGGCCUCACAUUGUGAUAUUUUUUUAUCUUUAUUUAUCGUUCUUUUUAUUUGGUGCAGUCCCCUAAAUAUAAAGGUGAAGUGAAAGGGUAUGGAAAAGUAAGUUUUAGACAUAAUUUGGCAAGCAUUUAUGAGCAGACAUGUGAUUUAUAUUCAUUCCUGGAGAAGCAUUCAUGUGCCUGGUAGCAUUUUCAAAAGUUCUCCAAUGUUAACGGCCCUUCUCAUCAUUGCUACUUGUUUAUUGCAGUUUAUGUUUAACCUGUGGACAAAACGCUGAACUCUGUACAUGUCAGUAUGUAUUGUCUGCUUCCGAGACAAAUAUUAAAAGUUUGAAGAAUGUUUAUGCUUCCCAAAGUGAUGAAAUUUGACAGUGUUCUUACUAUAAGUGCUUUCGUUGUAAUAGCCUUAUGAUUUUCAGACUUAAAGACUUUGGUGAAGUGACUGUGGAAAGUGAACUGUGAUAAUAAAACAAAACUUUAUAUUUUCCAUGAACAAGCAGGUUUUGCUUGAAUCAGCUGGUCUCAGUUUUAGCAAGAGAGUGAAGUUAACAAGAUUGGGCAUACUGGAGAACUAGGAGAUUGCGGGCACCACCACAUCAAGGCGUGACAAAUGAUUCGUGUGGAAGGCUUCCUUCAUCAUUCUUUUCCUUAUUUCUCAGCAUUGUGAAGUCCAUUAAUUGAUCUCGUUAGUUAUGAGUUUUCUCAUCAUUGUUUUACCUUUUCUACAGUGUGGAGGAAAUUUAGUGUUGUUAAUGGGCUUAGAAUUUGGGGGAGGACCCUUCAUUUUUUUUUAAUUGUGAACCAUCAUCCUAGUCAUUUGGAAGAAAGGAGUGGUGGAAAGUAUUGCCAUGUAUGCUUUUUCUGGAGUAAUAGGUCAAAAAAUGCAUUUUCUUUUCACGGCAUUGUAGCCUUAUGUUGCCUUUCAAAGGAAACCCCAUUUCUUGUAUUUUUUAAGUUCACUUAUCUCAAAUGAGCAUUGGUGCAGUAAAGUGUGUUCUCAUUCAUUGGAUAUUGAAAUUUUCAUUGUUUUAUAGUGUUUAACCUAGAGAAUCCUAUUGGAGAUGUUGCCAUUGGGAAAUUGAAGAUAACACUGGCUACAAUCAGGCUGCAAUAUAACAACAUAGCUUUAAAGUUAAAAUGAGAAUACCUUUUUUUUUCAUACCAUAUUUAUGAUUACUUAUGAUAAUUUUUGAUGCAAGAUUAUAUUAUUGCUGGAUUCUGCUGCAGUUUUGCAGCACAACAUGGUAACGGAAGAUUAAUAAUACAAAUCCAGGAGGUAUCGGGUAUGUGAACUGGCAAAGCUCAAGAGAUGGUUUUUGUUAUGAUUUAUUUUUUUUUUUAUUUAAUUUUUUUUUUUACUGUACCAUGAGCAGUAUUGAGCGGACAAACUUUGGUAUUCUUUUAGGCUACUCUCACUAUUGGCCUAAGCUGCCAUCACAUGGAAAAAAUGAAGUUAUUUAAUUUAUAUAUUUUCUCAAAUGUGUUUGGUAGAGCAGGUGGUGAGCUGGAUUCAAGAAUUUCUAUUUCAUUUUUCUUAUAAGUCCUCUGUAAUUUUCUCCAUGUAUAUUUCAGAUGAGAAAAUUUGAGAAAGAGUAUGUUGUUUUUCUUUUCUAUUUGUACUUCCUUUUUGCACAAAUUCUUAAAGGAAAAGAUACCUCACAGACAUCUCAACUCCAUUCUUGUUGUAGCAAACACAUUAUGAUGACGAUAAUUAUACUUUUGUUUCUUCCCAUGCGCCUGUCAUGUCCAUUUUGUAUGAGUACAUGCAGUUUAUCAGUGCCUACCUUAAAUAUCAUAUUUAUGUCUAUAUAUCAUGAAAUCACACACAAUAAAAUGACUUUUAAAAACAAAUGUGAUAAAAAACAAAACUAAAAUGUAGCUAUGACUGUAUAAGCUAAGUUUUUUGUAUGAUUGUGAACCUCAGUUUGUGUAGAAAAUUUUUGUGAUAGUAAUUUUUAGUCACUUGAUUUUUUGUGUGUCAUUGAGUAUUAAAUUCAGCACAUAAUGCAA